GCGGAGAAGAGGGAGGCCUCUGCGCUGGGAGGGAGGCGGCGGCAGCAGCAGCAGCGGUCUGGAGCAGGAUGUCGGGGUGUUGGGGAAACUCUCCAAAUGAGCAAAGCUGCUUUUCUUCCUGGAUGUUAAGCUAAAGCAUUUUAUCAUGGGCCAACAGCUUUCAAGUCAGACACACACUGUUAUUAAUAAACUGCCAGAAAAAGUCAUCAAACAUGUAUCUCUGGUUCGUGAAAGUGGCUUCUUGACAUAUGAAGAAUUUUUGGGGAGAGUAGCUGAACUUAAUGACACAACUGCCAAGUUAGGUGCUGGCCAGGACAAGCAUCUGUUGUUUGAAGUGCAGCCAGGUUCAGACUCCUCUGCUCUCUGGAAGAUGGCUGUUCGAGUAGUAUGUACUAAAAUCAACAAGACAAGUGGACUUGUCGAAGCAUCAAGAAUCAUGAACUUGUAUCAGUUCAUUCAGCUUUAUAAAGAUGUCACAAGUCAGGCAGCAAGUGUUCUUUCGCAGCGCGUUGCUUCAGAAGGAGCGGCGGAGGAUCUGUCAUCUGUUGCAUCCUGUCAGGCCAGCAUUUGGAUGGGAAGGGUGAAACAGCUGACUGAUGAGGAAGAAUGUUGUAUCUGCAUGGAUGGACGUGCUGAUCUCAUCUUGCCGUGUGCCCACAGUUUUUGUCAAAAAUGCAUUGAUAAGUGGAGUGGUCAUCACAGGAAUUGCCCUAUAUGUCGUCUGCAGGUGACUGCAGCAAAUGAUUCUUGGGUGGUGUCUGAUGCACCAACAGAAGAAGAUAUUGCUAAGUACAUACUCAACAUGGUAGAUGAGGCAGGGCAGCCCCACAGGCCCUGACAUUAGCAGUAUUCCUAGUAUUGAAAUCUCCCAAUGUUUCAUUUUCAUUGUUCCUCUUUGUUUCGUUUACUCAUUGUAUUGGUCACUAUAAGCUAAAUCAAUAGUCUUAAAAAUGACCGUGUGUGUGUGUGUGUGUGUGGUGGUAUGCCAAUUUGCUUUUAUAACUUUUAAUUUUCAUUUCAUUAACUGCUGACACUAAGAUUUUUCAAACACUUUAUGAAACACUGGAAUAGCAAAUACUUUAGUUUUAUUAUAGCUCUUUUUGAUGGCUUGUUAAAAUUGCACUUAAUUAUAGAAAUUGGAAAAAACUAUGGAUGGUUACAGAGGGCCUGUUCAACACUGCACUGAAAAGCAAUCCUUUAUCAAGCCUGCCUGCCUGUAUUAAUUGGAAUGACUACGACUCUUCAUUUAAACUUCUGUUGCCCCCUUGUGGUAAAUUAUUGCCACUUUUAGUAUUACAUGUUUUUGCUUCAAUAACUACUUAUUGUAGCAUGUGAUGUUCAUCCAAAAUGUUGUGAUAGCGCACAAUUUUUAAAAAAUAAAUAAUUGGCCCUUGCACUUCCAUUGGAAGAAAAUAAAUGGUCUAGGCAACUUAAAUAAGUUUAAAGCUUCCUGGUCCAAGGAGUCAAUGGGUUGAAUCCAGGAAAAGCUCCUGUGGAUGGAAGGGCUCCUUCUAUCAAUGAGAGGCUUUUGAUCCAGGAGAGCUUUUCUGCUGGCUGAACAGAGCAGGAGACAACAUUCACCGGUUCCCCUCUCUACCUGCAGUCUCCUAUGUCCCUCCUCCCCACUUUAAAAUGUGGCCCACUUGGUUGAUGGAAUUUCCGGAACAGUGGGGGAGGUGGUGCUAGGGGCAGCAGCAGGAGGGAGAAAUGGUUGGAAAUUGCCUCCUCCCAUUUCCAUCAGUGGGAGAGUACUGAGCAGAAAAGCGCUUGGGAUACUCCCACUAGUGGAUUAACACCACGGAUCCAUCUCAGUUAUGUGCGUAACUUACUGAUCAGACAACCAAAAAUGUUGUUUCUGAGUACAGAUCAGCUGGCUUUAUCAAUCAUGAUAUUGAUUUUUUUUUUAGUAUGGCUUACUAUGAUUGCCUAGUUCUUGCAAACUAUGCCACUAGUAAGUAAAAAAAAGUAGUUUGAUUCCUUUCUAGAAGUGCAGUAUGCUUUAAUGCAACGCUGGGGAAUCUGGUGGACUGAAUGUGCCAUCAUUCUUGACCAUUAGCCAUGCUGGCUGGUGCUGAUGGGAGUUGGAGUCAAACAUUUGGAGGACCCCAGGUUUACUGUAACAAGGAAUAUCUCACUUGUUCGUGAUAGCUUUGCUUUAAUUUCUUAUGGUAUUUGUAACCCUGAAGCUUGCUUUCUCUGAGAAAUGUUGCCAGGUUUGAAGGGCUUAUGGCAAAGGGCCCUCUGGCACCCUGGCUGGUGACAGUAGAAGGCAGCUGUAAGCCAUUGUUUUAUGUUGCACACAGUGCCCCAGAGUGAUUCCCAGGGGCACUGUUGGAAACUUAAAAUGGUUGUUUACAGACCCAGCUGUCUGGUGUGGGGGCCCAAGACAAGUGUCAAAGCUGGUGGGCCUGCCCAAGAGUGUCAGGAGCUGAUGCCUGGCUAGCUUGAUGCAACAUAGUCUUUUCCGUAUCUUUUAUUUUUAAAGUGUUAAAUUGUUUUUGGUCUUUUAUUUUGGGAAGUAUUGAUUAACAAUGUAAAACUUUCUUGAGGUGGUAUUGUCAUAUUUUAGGCCGCCUGAUAUUUUUGUGUUUUAGAACUGGUAUUUGUCAUUCUCACUGAAGUUUAAAGAUCUAUCAAGGCUAAAAAACUUACUUGCAGAUUUACAAUGUUAGCUGAAGCCUUGUUGUAAAAUAGGUCCAGGUUCAAAGCCCUAUGCAUUUCAGAAUAUGACAGGAAUUUAUGGUUUGUUGGAGGGUAUGAGAUUCAAUCUAGACAAUUUUAAAGUAUGGCAAAGACUGCUUCCCUAUCUAAUGUGACUUGCCCAAGGGAUGAUCUAGACAGUAAUUCUUACUGCUACAUUCAGAUAGAGCUUUGACUCUGAAUGCCAAUAGGUUGCAAUCCUGAAAUCAUUUACUUGGGAACAUUUUUCACUCCAAAAUGAUUUCAUAUGAGCAUUGGUGCUCAUCAGAGUGAAUAUGAAGGGUAUUCUUUGGUAUUUCUCUAGCUACAAAACUAAUCCUGUGUUUGAUUCAUUCCCUACUUCUCAAAGUAUUUGGAACUGGCAGUGUUGUAGACAUGCCUAAUAUUUUAAUAUCAGGCAUUUAAAGAACAAUGAGCCAUUCUUCUCUACUGAAGAGAACUCCGUUUGACUCGGGGGGGGGGGUAAAUUGCAGCAUAAACAGAUUAUUAAAUACUCACAGAACUUUUCCUUUUUUCAUGGCAACUAAAAUAUUAUUGAAAAUGAUGGGUAUGCAGGUUAUUACUGAAAAAUACAGGGGCACAUGUAAUUGUAGCAUCAGUAACAUCAAUGCUUGUAAAUAUGUGUAAAGUGAAUAUGUAUGUAAACUUUCUAGUGUGUAUAGCUUUUUAAAUAAGUGCACACAUUGGUGUAAGUACUGUAAUGUGUACCUUGUAAAGUAUAUAUGGUCAGCCUUAUGAAUUACAUAAGGAGAGGACUUGGUCACCUUGUGCUGAACUCUUCUGUGUCACUGUUGUUCCUCCCCUCUCCCUCCAAGAUGCUGUGGAACUAUACCGCUCAUCUUCUAGUAGUAAAGGACUCCUAGCCCUUUGAGGCUACAAUAGAAUGGGAAGAUUUAAGUAUGUGUGGUAAGACCUAGUUUACCACUUAGCUGCUUGCUCAUGGCCUUCUCACACACCCCAAAAAGCAAGCACAUAGCAAAAUUACAAACCUGUUGUAGAAUAUGUGCAUUAACACUGAAAAAACAACUUUACCAGUGUAAAAUUGUAGCGUAAUUGAUAUGAAAGAGUUGAAUUGCUGCUUUUAGAGCAAAAAAAAAAAAAUGCAUUCCUAAUUUUUUUAGCAUGAUUGUGAAUAUUUCUUAAGGGUUUGAUAAAGACUGUUAAUAGCUAUAAGCCUUCCACUGUAUUAUUAUGAAUAUUGUGCAAUAAACACUUGAAUUUCCUUCA